CAUCAAUAUCCGACGAAACUUGACAACAGGACAAGCACAAAUUUUGAAGUGCUAUAGUCAUCAAUUUAUAAGCAUACUUAAUGAGAAUUUGUUAAUAGGGAUUGUUAGAAAAAAGAAAGAAAAAAAAUAUAAGUGUGCAGUCUAUUGUUUUUGUCUUGUACACACCCACUCUAUAUAUUUAUUUACUUAUAUAUAUAAAUAUAUAUAUAUAUGUGUGUGCAUAGAUGAAUAUUUGCAUUCGCAGAGUUAGAUACACGCGAACAACAUUGUGCUAAUCUCGCUCGAAGAUGGUACGAAAUACUCGGCUUACUCGGCUGAUCGGGUUUAUGCUUUUGGUGACGACUUCCUUGGGUGAAAAAUCAACGCAGCAAUUCUUUGAACAGUUCGGUUAUCUUCCGGAAAGAUCCGGGUCAGAUCGAACUCAAGCGGUAUCUCCCGAAACCCUCGAGAAGGCAGUUAGUAAGUUCCAGGAAUUUAAUGGCCUGAAAGUUACCGGAAUUUUAGAUGACAUGACUAAAAAAAAGAUGUUCGAGCCACGAUGUGGUGUGAAAGACUUCUCUGGAGAUGGAGCGGCUUUCAGAAAAAUUACAAAAUGGAAGAAAAAUGAUUUGACAUGGAGUGUGAGGGAUUUCAGCAGAACAACAAGACUGACCCGUCUUCAACAACUAAACGCGAUCAGAAAGGCCUUAAAUCAUUGGUCAAGCGUCACCCAGUUAACUUUCCGAGAAGUCCCGCAUGGAGGCGACAUCGUAAUCAGAUUUGUUGCAGGAGACCACGGUGAUGGAAAUAGUUUUGAUGGACCUGGUAGCGUUCUUGCGCAUGCGUUCUUUCCAAGUAAUGGUGACACCCAUUUCGAUGACUCAGAAAAAUGGACUUUAAAAACAAACGAUGGCAUCGAUUUGGAAAUCGUCGCUGCUCACGAAUUUGGACAUGCCCUCGGUUUGGCACAUUCUCAGGUGUCUUCGGCUCUGAUGGCCCCUUAUUAUAAGGGAUAUAUUCCCGACUUCAAGCUAGACAAUGAUGACAUCAGAGGAAUCCAAAGUUUGUACGGCGUUAGAAGACGUGUGACUAGACCUACUACACGACCGACAACAACCCGCCACCGAGAAUAUGGCACUGGAUAUUGUAGAUAUCGAUACAAUAAAAUAAGUGCUCUUGUCAGAGUUUUGGGACGCAUUGACUACGUGUUCGUUGAUCAGGAAUACGUGAUCAGCAGUAAAACUGCGCGGAUGGAUCGAAUUCGAUCUGUGUUCGAGAGGGGGCCAUUACGCGUUGAAGCUGCGGUUUACUCGAAAGAAACGAACAAAGUCUAUUUAGCUUACGGUACGUAUGCCUCUCAUUUUUUACUCGUUUCAGUCACUGGACAGCGCCCGUGCUGGAGCAACGCCUUGAAAAGUUUUACUCAAAUGACUUGGCUCUCGGUACUUAUAGCCUGCAACUUAUAUUAUCGUAUGCGUUUGUCGAACCGCCAAAGUUUUGUGGAUGUGAACAAACCAUCACCGGUUAUCAAGCGGUGAGGAGGACAAACACGU